AGCCACAGGGCGCAGAGCGGCAACAGAUCCUGGAUCAGCUUCACCACACCGCCAGUGAAUCGCGAGGAAAGUUGGGGGGACUAUUUUGUCAGAUAUCGGAUGUGUUUACAUGUCAGUUGCCAGAUGAUUUGGAUCGAUGUCAAUCCAGCACUCUAUGAAAAAGAAGAAGAAAACCACAAGCCGCGCGUGUCAUGAGAGCUCUUGGGAAAACUGUGAUUUUAGAGGACUUUUUUUGCUCUUAUCGUUGAUGAAAUGAUUGCAGCCUGAUAAGAAGAGACGGGUGUGUUUUUAAUGUCAGUAUUGGAUGAGACAGCGGCGCCGUAUCCUGUGCAAUAAGAGAAAUGGUGGUGUCGCACGGAAUACAGCUGUUUUUUUUUAAAUGGAGAACUGCUCACAGAGGAUAAAUUACGUGCAAAGUUGUGCGGCUUUCUGCUGAAGGAGUUAUCCAGCGGCAUCUCCCCCCCUCCCUCCCUCGAAUAAACAUGGGUCCAAGGCGAGACAUGGGACUGUUUCUGUGCGUGGGAAUCACCGCGCUCCUCUUCCUUUGCACAGUGGUGGAUAGCAAGGUGAUCCUGGAGGGUCUUCAGAGGUACGGCCCCACGCCAAUCUAUCUGCCUGUCAACUACCAGAUCUUCAACGCGGAGUCGGCGUUCUUCCUACAGGAGGCCAACCAGGACCUAAUGAGGAACUCCAGCCUGCAGGCUCGCACUGAGUCUUUCUUCAUCCACCAGGCCCGGCAGAUGCCGUUUGUCAACGCUAGCUACGGGCCGCUGUCUGUCCAGCAGCCGGUCCCUCUGGAUCUGCUGCAGACGCUGCCGGGGCCCUUCAACCCCCCAACCUUCGGUACAUCAUCAGCGCCAACAUCAGCAUCAUCAUCGCCGCCUCUCUUCACAUUCAACUGGAAGGUCCACACCUAUAUCAUCAGCGACAGGAUUCACCCCAGUUGGCCAAAGGUCCAAGUGUUGUUCUACAUCGCGGGGAGGGACUGGGAUGAUUACAGCGCCAUCCACAAGCUGCCUUGCGUCAGGAUGUUCGCCUUCCACGAGACUCAAGAGGUGCGCGGGACAUGCAGGCUAAAAGGUGAGCUGGGGAUAUGCGUGGCCGAGCUCGAGCCCCUCGCCAGCUGGUUCAGCCUGCCCACAGUGAGACCGGGCAGGCAGAGGGUCUCGGAGCAAGCCCAGGGAACGCCUGUGGAGCUCUACUACAUGGUUCAAACCACGGACAGCGGAGACUGCAACUUGGAGGAUUCAAGGAAGGGCAGCUCUGUGCGCCCAGACCAGCAGAGGCCAAUGGGCUAUUACGCAGGGCACACCCCCAUGCAGCGCAUCGGCAGCGUCAGGCUGUUUCAGCCGCUGUCCGAGCUGAAGCUGGACAAUAACUUUGUGGUGAUGUCGCCCUCCAAACCCAUCCGGCAACGAGAAACAGUCUCUACUUUUCUGGCUCUGUCUACGCUGUCCUUAGUGCCAAUAUUCACCCUCAGGGUCAAACUGAAGGACGGCGUGGCGUUCCUGGGAGCUAGAGCCAGUAAUCCUGUUGUGUGGACGGUGAGCCAGGAAGUCAGAAGUGAAGGUCACAGGGUCGUCACCCUCCACUGUCGGCGAAAGGAGAACAGUUAUAGUCAAAGGGCGGAGACACCGGGCUACCAGCGGGUGCUGCAGGUUGACCUGGAGGUGAACGGGCUGGUGGUGACUCAGGGGGGACGGGAGGUGACGUGGCAGGUGGAGUACCCCCUCACCCGUACCGUGACCAGUGAGGUGCCGACUCUUAUCCGCCUGGCAUCGCAGGACCUGGGGGGCAUCGUGCCGCUAGCCAUGGACACUGAGAUCCUCAACACAGCUGUCCUCAAUGGGCGAACGGUAGCCGUGCCGGUGAAGGUAGUUACCGUAGGAACAGACGGAGCGGUCUCUGAUGUAACCGAGUCAGUGGAGUGCAAGUCAACAGAUGAGCAGGUUAUUAAGGUGUCAGAGCGAUGUGACUAUGUGUAUGUCAACGGUAAGGAGACAAGAGGAAGGACCAGGGUGAUGCUCAACUUUACGUACAGUUUCCUCAGCGCCCAGCUGGAGAUGAGCGUGUGGAUGCCCCGCCUGCCCCUCCUCAUCGAUGUGGCCGACCCCGAGCUCAGCCAGAUCAAAGGCUGGAGGGUCCCCGCUAGUACAGGCAACCGGAGGUAUGAGAGAGUCACUGACGACAGAGAGGAAGACGAUGAUGCAGCUGGCGGGAGGACAGACAGCGGCUGUGUGGCGCAGUAUCAGAGCACCACCCUGCGCGUCCUCACACACUUUAUAGCAGAUACGGGAGAAGUUAAAGGGGUCACGGAGGAGGAGGGGCAGGGCCAGCAGAACUUCCUGCUGGGCAGCGACUGGCAGGUGGAGGUCACACAACUGGUCAAGGACUCUCUGAGGGUGGAGGUCCCGAAGGUCGCACAACUGCUGGAUGGCCAAGUCCUUAUAGGACUGAGCCCUGGGAUCACCAAACUACAGGUGCUGUCCCCUCUGACAUCAUCGGUCCUGGCUGAGAGGAGUAUCAGGGUGCUGGAUGACAAAGUGAGUGUGACGGAGCUGGGGGUGCAGUUGGUUUCUGGACUCUCUUUGUCCCUGCAGCUCAGCCCAGGGAGCAACAGGGCCAUUGUCGCCACUGCAACCACACAGGAAGUCAUCGACUCGCUCAAACAGGAGUCCCUCAUUAGUGCUUGGCUUCAGUUCAGUGAUGGAUCCAUGACUGCUCUGGACAACUAUAACCCUUCCCAUUUUAUUCUGACUGCCACCUCUUUGGAUGAACGGGUGGUGGCGGUGCGACGCAAUGCGGCGUGGAAGUGGCCCAUCAUUGUUGCCAAGGGGGAAGGACAGGGUUUGCUUGUGCGCGUUGAAAUGAGCCCGUCAGAGUUGUGCCAGAAGGGAAAACGACGUACUAUCUUAGCCAGUGGAAUGGCAAACAUACAGACAAGGUUUGGUCAACCGGAGGGGCAAUACAGACAACCAGGAGACCGGCGUACACGUCCAGAUCCUCCAUAUUAUGGCGGAUCUAUCUCAGACAUGGAAACUGGGUUGGUCAACCGCGGCGCCACAACAAUCAAGGGCCAUGUCCCAGUGAGACCUAAUGGAGGCCGUCUAUCAGCAGACAGCGGGGCCAGGGUCCCAAACGAAUUCUCAGAAUUCCCAGACCAGGCAGAGCUGCCUCGUAGCCGCAGCACCGUGGACGACUUGUUACCUACCCGACGAGGACUGACAGACCUGGAGAUCGGGAUGUAUGCUCUACUUGGAGUCUUCUGCCUUGCUAUCCUGGUUUUUCUCAUUAACUGCAUAUCUUAUGCAUACAAGUACCGUAGCAAGCAGCUGACCCUGGAGACCACGGAGACAAUGCCCCAUGCUCACGACUGGGUUUGGCUGGGCCAGGACGAGGGGCUCUGUCUGCAGCAGCAGCAGCAGCAGGACGAGCUGGGCGCUACCCUAGAGGAGGGGAGUCAACUAUUGAAUGGAAGUAUCCAGUGUGGAAAUACCAGUGUGGGAGGCUGUAGUUUGAGUGGGAGGGAUCACAGGAAUGAAUCCCUUAACUCACCCACCACCAAGAGAAAGAGGGUGAAGUUCACAACCUUUUCCAAUGUCAGGUCCAGUAAUGGUUGUCCUGUGCUCAGCCCAUUAGCACUAAUGCAGACCAGUGAGAUAAAAUGGGUAUGUCCGGACAUUGAGCUUGGGGACUCAAAGGAACUUAGGGACUACAUGGACAAGCUUAAUGAGAAUGCAAUUAAGAACAUUGUAUAGGGGAUGCUGGGUGUUUUCAAUGAACUAAUGAGAAACUCACCUGAAUGCCUUCAGAAUCAGUUGGGGAUGAGGGUUGGCGGUGGGAAAAGAAAAAUGGUCGCAAAAAACUGAAGGGGCCUGCUGUUGGACUGCUUAUCAUGACAACAGGAUAGUGCAUUCAGCCUUUCUUGUUUCCAUGACAGUUGUCAGAAAGGGUCAUGCAACGGACCAUGACGGGACAUGAUUUGCCACAACCCCACAGCAUAGUUAUGAAGCGGAAAAUGUGAAUUUGAUAUUGUUGCUUAACUUAAAUUUACGUUGCUUGUCUUUAAUUGAGGUUCAAUUUCCGUUUUCUAUGCGCCAUGUACUUUGUUUUUCUUUAUUUAUCUUUAUUUACUCAUCUUGUUUUAAUGUUGUAUUUGUUGUACUUUUUUGCGCUUUGUUUGGUUUUUUUAAGAGUUGCUCUGUACCACAUGUCCGCAGUUAUAGAUUCUAGGAGAGAAGAGAUAAAAUAACUUUUUUAUUGUAUAUAAAUUCAGAGUUUGAUCUGGAGGUAUUAUAUGUAUAGUAAUAUUUUGUAAAGUGCGGUUUGGUUUGGUUUUGUUUGUAGUUUUUUUUUUGUCUCCAGAAACCAGAUCCAUGCAUGACAUUUUUGAAGAGGAGGCAUGUGUGUCUGAUCUGAAAUGAAAGUGUGUAGAUAACUAAUACUAAUACCUCUGGAGACAUGUCAGUUUAAUAUUAUUGUGUUUUUCUUGAAGUUGGAUUUUGGGUUUGUUUCUGUAUGUUGAUUUUGGUUUAUGAUUUGUGUCAGCCCAUAAAUGUUCCCUUCUUAUGUUAAUCUUAUUAUUUAUGCGACCCCCCCCCCUUCCCUUUGAUUCAGUUGCAUACCUUACAGAGAGUAGACUUUUUAAACUACUACUGAUACUACAUAUUGAAAAAAAGGAAUUAAGUCGCAUUCAACACUAACGAAACAUUGAUCAUCAAGAAAAUCAAUCGACAAUCACUUAAAAAAAUGUAUGUUCAUUUACAAUGUUCCAUAAAAAUGAGUCCAGUUUACAGUUUGUAUGGUCUAGGUGGAGAUCGGUUAAUAUAGUUAACAUCUUAAAAUACUGUGUAUGACAUUUUGGAUCCCAGAAUAACAUGUAAGUGAAUCAACAAACUUUGAAGUGAGUUGUCUCUUCACUCCUUUUGUCAAAUGUCAGUAUUAGUAGAGUCCAUCUUUUUCUAUCUCUGUUUUAAAAUUGGCUGCUGGACUAAUUAAAACUGAAGGUGACUCUUCUCCA